AUGGGCACCUGUGACCAGACAAGCCCUGCGCUGCAGAAGCGGCUCCUCGCCCGCCUUCCCUCCUGGGCCAAGUCCAUGACGAACUGGAGCCCAGAAGCCUUCGCGAUGAGGUCGCGGCUCCGGUGGCAGUGCAUCGACUGCUCGGGCGCUUGCAGCCUAGACGAUGCCUUCGCAAGGCACGUGGAGAAGGUGGUGAAGGCCAAAGUGGAGCGGGACAGGAAGGACCGGGAGCUACGAGAGGUGGUCGGCUGUCACCUCGCGGACCGCGCUGAGACCAGUCGCCGCACAGAACUUUCGAUGCUUCAACAUCUGAUGAAAUCACUGCGGACAGAGCAGCACUUCGAGAAGGCCUGGGAAGUUUUCAAAGUGGUUGAAGUUUUGUAUUCGAUGGAUCGACGCCAAGUCUCAGAGGCGGAGCUUGUAAAUCAGGAAAUCGAAGGCCGGGAGAGGCAACUGCGGCUGGAGCAACUCCUCCGCCAGAACGCCGAUCCGAACGCUCCAGACCGGGACGGCAGCACAGCCCUCUUGUGCGCUGCAGCCGCAGGACACCCGGAGCUGAUUCAGCCCUUGCUGGAUGCCGGAGCCCAGCUGGAGGUCUGCAACAGGAUCGGCGCUACAGCCCUCCUAAGUGCUGCGGAAGAGGGCCACCUAGAAUUUGUCGAGGCAUUGGUGAAGGCUCGGGCCCAGCUGGAGGCCCGCAACGAGCACGGCGACACAGCCCUCCUUGUCGCUGCACACAACGGCCACUUGAAAGUGGUCGAAGCCUUGCUGAAGGCCGGGGCCCAGGUGGAGGCCCGCGAUCAGAUUGGCUUCACAGCCCUCCUUGUCGCUGCAAAUAAAAACCGGCUGAAAGUAGUCGAGGCGUUGGUAGACGCCGGCGCCCAGCUGGAGGCUCGGAAUGAGCAAGGAGAGACAGCCCUCAUGGUCGCUUCAAUCAUGGACCACUUGCAGGUGGUUCAGGUCUUGGUGAAGGCCGGAGCCCAGCUGGAGGGCCGCGAUGAGGAUGGCUACACGGCCCUCAUGCUCGCUGCAUACAGUGGCUACCAGGACGUGGUCGAGGUCUUGGUGAAGGCUGGAGCCCAGCUGGAGGCCCGCGAUAAAGAUGGCAACACGGCCCUCAUCCUCGCUUCAAGGACAGGCCACCUGGAGGUGGUUCAAGUCUUGGUGAAGGCCGGAGCCCAGCUGGAGGCUCAUAAUAAUGAUGGCAACACGGCCCUCAUUGCCGCUUCAAUGUUGGGUCGCUUGAAGGUGGUUCAGAUCUUGGUGAAGGCCGGAGCCCAGCUGGAGGCUCGUGAUAAUGAUGGCAACAAGGCCCUCAUGGUCGCUUCAGUCUCUGGCCACUUGAAGGUGGUCGAAGUCUUGAGGAAGGCUGGAGCCGUAGCAUAA